UUGUCUUUCAGCCGCAAGGUCCGGCACAUGGAGGGCAACAGCCCGAAAGGAAGAGAGUUCAUCUCUCUCACACCUGUGGCCAAUGGUCUGGAGAACAUGGGGGCCGAGCUCUUGGAAAGUCUGGAGGAAGGCCGGACCCCUGGCAACGACUCAAGCCGUGCGGAGGGUGGGGACAUCUGGACGGAGGCCAGCCCGGAGCCCCUGUCAGGAUGGAGGAGCCUGCAGCCUGCUCUGAGGGCCAGACGCUUCUGCCGGGAGCACACACGGCUGUUUCGAUGGAUCUGCACGGGCCUGCUCUGUACUGCGUUCGCUGCCUUCCUGCUGGUCGCCGGCCUCCUGGAUUUCCAGAGGGCCCUGGCACUGUUCGUCCUCACCGGUGUGGUCCUCGCCUUCCUGGCCCACAGCCUGCUGAAGAGGCUGCUGGGGCCCAAACUGCUGAGGUGUUUCAAGCCUCUGGGGCAUUGCCGCCUGAACGUCUGGUUUGAGAGGACUCUGGCCCUCGCUGCUUUCCUGGGCCUGGUCUCGUGGCUGGUUCUGGACACCUCCCAGCGACCCGAGCAGCUAGUGUCCUUUGCAGGAAUCUGCGUGUUCAUCUGCCUCCUCUUCGCCUGCUCAAAGCAUCACCGCACAGUAUCCUGGAGGACUGUGUCCUGGGGCCUCGGACUACAGUUCGCACUUGGUCUCUUCGUCAUCAGAACAGAGCCAGGAUUUAUUGCAUUCCAGUGGAUGGGCAACCAGAUCCAGAUCUUCCUGAGCUACACGGACGUGGGCUCCAGCUUCGUGUUUGGGGAGGCCAUGGUCAAGGGAGUCUUUGCCUUUCAGGUUCUGCCCAUCGUUAUCUUCUUCAGCUGUGUCAUGUCGGUUCUCUACUAUGUGGGCCUCAUGCAGUGGGUGAUCCAGAAGAUCAGCUGGCUGAUGCAGGCCACCAUGGGCACCAUGGCCACUGAGACCCUGAGUGUGGCUGGAAACAUCUUUGUGAGCCAGACCGAGGCUCCUCUGCUGAUCCGGCCCUACUUGGCGGACAUGACUCGCUCUGAAAUCCACGCCGUCAUGACCGGAGGCUAUGCCACCAUUGCCGGCAGUCUGCUGGGCGCCUAUAUCUCCUUUGGGAUCGAUGCUGCCUCCCUGAUUGCUGCCUCGGUCAUGGCCGCCCCUUGUGCGCUGGCCCUCUCCAAGCUGGUCUAUCCGGAGGUGGAGGAGUCCAAGUUUAGGAGCCUGGAAGGGGUGAAACUGACCGGCGGAGACGCUCAGAACCUCUUAGAAGCAGCCAGCAGUGGGGCUGCUGUCUCCGUGAAGCUGGUUGCCAACAUCGGAGCCAACCUGAUCGCCUUCCUGGCGUUGCUGGCCUUCGUCAACGCGGCCCUGUCCUGGCUGGGAGCCAUGGUGGGCGUCCAGGGGCUCAGCUUCCAGCUCAUCUGCUCCUAUGUCCUGCGGCCCGUGGCCUUCUUGAUGGGUGUGACCUGGGAGGACUGCCCGGUGGUGGCCGAGCUGCUGGGGAUCAAGCUGUUCCUGAACGAGUUCGUGGCCUAUCAGGGGCUCUCCCAGUACAAGCAGCGCCGCCUGGCCGGAGUCGAGGAGUGGGUGGGCACCAAGAAGCAGUGGAUCUCCGUCAGAGCAGAAAUCCUCACGACGUUCGCCCUCUGUGGAUUCGCCAACUUCAGCUCCAUUGGGAUCAUGCUGGGAGGCCUGACCUCCAUGGCCCCCCAGCGGAAGAGCGACUUCUCACGGAUAGUGCUCCGGGCGCUCUGCACGGGGACCUGUGUGUCGCUGGUGAAUGCCUGCGUGGCCGGGAUCCUCUAUGUGCCCAGGGGGGCUGAAGUUGACUGCACGAGCCUCCUGAACACAACCGUCAGCAGCAGCAGCUUCGAGGUGUACCAGUGUUGCUGUGAGGCCUUCCGGAGCACCAGCGCAGAGGUUAGCCGCGGGGCCCUGGACACCUGCUGUCGAUUUUACAACCACACGACCUGUGCGUAGCCGGGACGGCACGUCUUCGGCCCUCUGGGGGAGCCACAGGGCUUAGAGUCGCCUCAGUCACACAGUUGGAAAGGAGCGAUGGGGCGGGCGGGCAGAGACCGGAUGGUAUGGAGGUGAAGGAUGCUCCCCAGUCCUUGCCCCCUUCCUGCUCCCUCCCGAGAUGUGAAUUCUUGGGGUCGCCUCUGCCUCCUCAUCUCGCCCCUCCACAUCCAAAGAGCACCCAGGCCUCUGUCUUCCCACCUUGCGUCUCUCACAUCUUCUGUUAUGGGGUCCCUCCCUCUUCCUCCUCUGGGCACGUGAAUCUGGCCUCUGCGGGACGGGUUCUCCUGGGAACCCCUGCCUCUACUUUCAAAGACUCCCCCACCGCCUUUGCCCACAGCACUUCCCAAACUGGUGUCCCGUGAAACACUGGCCGACGAGGUGUUCAGGAGAUUCCAGGAUCCGCCAGGCUUGGGAAACUAGGCGCUGAAUAAAGGCAGACAGGUUUU